AUGUCUAGAAAACUGUCUAGAUUCAAGCGAGGACCAUUAACGCUCGCAGAUGUGGGACACUCUUCAACGUCCCUAUCUUCAUUAUCAUCACUCCACGGGUCGACGAAUGCAUUGGCAGCACCUUCAAAUGGCACUACAAACCAAUUCAAUGGAAAGGGAGUCGCUGCAGCCCCCGAAACUGUAUAUAAGAUGAGCAAGAAAAUAGCUCAAUUGACACGUGUAGUGUAUUACCUGAAUACCAAGCAUGAAGAUCAUCAAGUUGAAUUGGAUGGACUUAGGGAGGCUUAUGAGGAAGAGUGCUCAAGAAUAAUCCAAGAUGCAAAAUCAAAGAUAACGGCUUUAGAUUCUGCUCGUCUAGCUGGCGAAGCUGAAAUCAACGCUACGAAAACUGAAUUAGAUAUAUACAGGGAAUCCGAAUCUAUGGUCAAAACACAAUUAGCAGAGGCUAUGAACACUGUUGACAAAUUGCAACAUGAUUUGAAGAUGCAAUCAGAUCGAUUUGGAGCUUCACAAGCCGACAUCAACAAGGCUGGUCAAGAGGCUGCUCAUUUACGAGCUGAAUUUGAGAACACGCUUCAGGCUUUAGAAGAAUCUCAUAAGGCUAGUGUAGCUGGAUUGACGAAACGAUACGAGGAGGAGCUCAAGAGUGUUAGGAAGGAUCGGGAUAGAAUAGAUAAAGAGGGAAAAGCUGAAAAGGAAUCUAUGAAGCGGAAGUAUGAAACGGAUCUCUCUUCGAAGGACGAAGAGAUUGAACGGCUACGGAAGGCAGCUGCUUCCAGCCAAAUAGCGUUUGAGCAAGCAGAGCAGCUUCGAAUCGCCGAGGCUGAAAAGAAAUUAGAAGAAGCUGUUGACGUUGAACGGCAGCGGAUUGCCGAUAGAGAGUUUACGAUAAAGAAACUCAAUCUCACUUGCGAAGAAUACCAGAAAAAAGUGAAUGAACGAGAUACGCAAAUAUCGAAUCUUAAGCUGGAUAUCAAGCAGCAACAAACAGAGCUUUCAGCUGCAUUAGCUAAAGCUGAACGUGCUCAAGCUGAUGUAGAAGCAGCUGAUAUACGAGUCAGAGCGGCUGAUGAGCGCGAAGAAAACAUUAAAAGGGAGCUAGCGAGAACUGGUGAUCUAGCCACCGAGCUCUCGAAUGCUCAUGAAGCACAUCGGCAAGCAUGCGUUGAUGCUGACAAGUACAUGAAGGACUUGGUUGUGGCAUCUAGAUCUGUGACGGAAUUGAAGGAAAAGAUAAAGUCGUUAGAGAGUAGUAAAUCCAGUUUAGAAAAGAAGCUCAAGGAGGCAGCAGAGACGUUAAAAAUGACAGUACAAACACAUGAAGAGAAUGCCAAGAAGGCUCUCUCAUCGCAAAAGGCAGAUUUAGUAUCAAAUGCCGAAUUCGAAUCUCAGAAGCGGAUUCAUGAACUUCAGGACGAGCAUCGACUUGCCAUAGAUUCCAAGAUCAGGGACAUUAAAGAACUAAAAGUAGCUCUCCAAACCAAAACUAUCGCUUACGAAACCCUCGAGUCCGAGUACGAAGACACUCGUCGUAAACUUUCCUCCAAAAUCGACUCUGUCGAAUCUUCACGAGGUGUCUUGUCGUCAAGGCUAGCAAGUACGCAAAAGGAACUGGACGCUGCGAGGAAUGAGAUUGAUUUACGGAUGUCUGAGAUCAAGAAGCUGGAAGUGCAGGUCAAGACGAUACAAGAGGAGCAAGCCACUGCUGCAGCAAGAAUGGCCACCAUGGCAAGCAAGAUUGGGUCUAGAAUGAGGGAUGAGUUUAAGAAGGAGAAAGAGGGGAUUGAGCAUCAUUGGUCCAAGAAAGUAAAGGACCAAAUGAACGAGCUCCGAACAAACCUCACCUCGCAAUCCAGCCUCGAGCUCACAUCGACCCUCUCUCAAGUCGAGCGAGACCACAACGAGGAAAUAGAACGUCUCCAAACAUCUCACGAAACCGAACGCAAAUCAUGGGCAUCCCAGAAGAGCAUGCUGGAACGAAGGUUAUUGGAAGUCGCAACGACCUUAUCAGAGCUAGAAAUCAAGACAGAGAGUGUUGCUAAACAGCAUCAAGACGCUAUGCAACGACUUGUUAUGCGGAAUGACGAACGAAUGAGAAACGUCAAGGACAGUUGGGAUCAAGAAUGGCAGUUACGUGAGCAGGAAGCUAAGAAGGAGGCUGAGAAGCUUGUGUGUCAAGCUGAUGAGCGUGCUGCUAUACAUUUGAAGGAGGUGGAAGGGAGGUGGGCUGUGCUGAUUGAGAAUAUGACGGGGCUUCGUGAUCAGAUGAGAGAGAAAUACGAGCAGGAAGUCGAAAAGACAAACAGUCUUGAAUCGGCCUAUACAUCCCUCCAAGAAUCUCAAGCUCACGAAUUGCUAAAACAAGCGGCCGAAUACGAAGUCAAGAUAACAGAAGCUGUUCAAGUAGCAAGACUAGAAUGCGACUCGGUAGCCAAGAUUGUGGCUGAAGAACACAAGGAGAUUAUAAAUCGAAAAGUGCAAGAUGUUAUUCGUCUUGUGAGGGAGGUUGAUGCUCAUUUGGCUACAGCAGCAGAUCUGAAAUCCAAAAUAAAGGAUUUGCAAGUGCUGGAGGAUCACAAGAAGGCUCUAAAAGACCUCCAAAACGAUCUGGAAGUACGACACGCCGUUCGUACCGAAGUCGUCAACAAUGAUCAUCUGGGAGAAACCCAACGAAUGUUGAAAGAUUUCGAUAUGGCUCAAAAUUUCCUUAAGAGGCAGAUUGCGAGUCUUGAGAAAAGAUUACAAGAAGCAGACAUCAAAUACCAAAACCGUGAACCACGCGAAAUGGACAUUCAAAGAAUAUCAGACCUCGAAGUUGAAGUCGAGAAGAAAAAGAGGAGGAUAAUGGCUCUGGAAGGGGAGCUUGAGUACUGUAAGCUCGAGUUACUGAAUCGAGAAGUUAAUUACAACAAGGUGUUUGGAACUACGACGAGGACGGGUGUUCUCGGGUCGUUUGAUAGCAAGAAUUCAUCCAAGAGCAAGCCAUUCUUCAAGUCUGAAACAAGUCUUUCAAAACUCCCACCACUACCAAAUCCACCACUGGCACCAGCAGCAAAUCCUUCUUAA